CUUUCCGCGGGAGGCGUCCGGGACAGCCGCUUGGUGGCGCGCAGUUCCCACUGCCUGUGCGCGCCCGCGUCUGGGCUCCUUUGCAGAGGACAUGGUAGCUGCAGCUCCUGGAGCACAGCGGGCAGAGCUGCGGGCUGGGCGCGCCCCUGCUGCCACCGGGCGUCCCGCGGUGGCUCCCGCGCCCCGCGGCGACUUCCGAGCCCGCGCUUCCCUUUGUUCAAGUCCCCGAGCGGCGGCCCGAGCCCUGGGCGACUGACGCGCCCGCAGUCCGCGCCCCGGCGCCCUGGCGAUGCCGGACCAGAUCUCCGUGUCGGAAUUCGUGGCCGAGACCCUUGAGGACUACAAGGCGCCCACGGCCUCUAGCUUCACCACGCGCACGGCCCAGUGCCGGGACACCGUGGCGGCCAUUGAGGAGGAUGCAGUGACUUAUGAUGAUGUGCAUGUGAACUUCACUGGGGAAGAGUGGAAGUUGCUGGAUCCUUCCCAGAAGAGUCUCUACAAAGAUGUGAUGCUGGAGACCUACUGGAACCUCACGGUUAUAGGCUACACUUGGGAAAACCAUCAAAUUGAAGGACAUUGUCAAAGUUCAAGAAGAAAUGAAAGGUUUAGUCUCCACUGCCAGCUGCCAUGGGCAAGCAGAACAGCCAGCUGUGUCCUGAGGUGCUGCAGGACCUGCAGAAACACAGGGAGUUCACCGACCAUGAGCUUCAGGAGUGGUACAAGGGCUUCCUCAAUGACUGUCCCACUGGCCACCUGACCGUGGACAAUUUCAAGAUCUAGCCCAACUUCUUCCCCUACAGAGAUGCCUCCAAGUUCGCUGAACAUGUCUUCCACACCUUUGACACCAACGGCGACAGCACCAUCAACUUCCAAGUGUUCAUCAUUGCUGUGAGCAUGACCUCUUGGGACAAGCUGGAACAGAAGCUGAAGUGGGCCUUCAGCAUGUCUGACCUAGACAGCAAUGGCUACAUCAGCUGCAGUGAAAUGCUGGAGAUAGUGCAGGUACCUGCACUUGACAGGGCCUUAAGCAUGGGGAGUGCAGGGAUCCAGGACCCCCAUCCCCGGCCCCAUACACCAGGUCAUUCCUCUGCCCACUUGCUACCUGGUGUACUAAAGGACUGCAUGUCUUUGCAGUGAGUAACGAUAAAAGCCAAGCAUCUAUCGAUUGCUUGCUGGACAUCAGGUCCCAGCUGAGCUCAUCCAUCAGGUUUAUUCACACAAUUCUAUAAAACGGGUCUUUUUUUAAAAGAAAAGAAAAGAAAAGAAAAGAAAAGAAAAGAAAAGAAAAGAAAAGAAAAGAAAAGAAAAGAAAAGAAAAGAAAAGAAGAGAAAAGAAAAGAAAACAAACCUCUAAUGAGAUCUGAGAUAGGUGAUUAAGAAUUGUCAAAGCAAGAACUGGGAAAAUGGCUCAGUGGGGAAGAACACUUGAUACCCAGCAUGAGGACCUGAUCUGAUCCCAACACCCAUGGAAAUGCCAGGAGUGGCUGAGCAUGCCCGAAACCCUAGAACUAGGGGACAAGUGAGUCCCAGAAGUUUGCUGAGCAGGCAGCGUAGCUACAAUGUUAAGCCCCGGUUGGGUUCAGUGAGAGAGAAAAGGUUAUACUGUGAACACCGGGAUUCCUGUUUGGCCUCUGCACAGGUGGGUGUUCAUCUGCACACACAUGUAUAGCAUACACACACAUUAGCUGUCUAUAGGGCUUCCUAUAGAAAUCAGAACGACACAGUAAAGGAUGAGUCAGCAGUCAGUUCUUCACAGGAGCAAUGCUUAUGUGCACCCUGCAUCCUUCCUGCUCCAUGCUCUAAACCAUCUCUGUAUUUAGUCCAGUGAGCUGACUCUGUGGGUAAAGGUGCUUGCUUCCAAGCCUGGCAGCCUGGGUUCAAUCCCUAAGACCCACAUGGUAGGAAAAGAGAACCAGCUUCCACAAGUUGUCCUCUGAAUUCUCCCUGAGAUCACCUCCCCCAAAUAAAUAAUUACAUACAUCCAUAAAAUAAGUAAAGUAGUUAUAUACAGUGCCUAAUACAAUGGCUAUAGAUGUUAAUAAUAAUUUGUAUUAUUUGGGAAAUAAGAAGAAACUGUCUGUGUACCUCCAGUUUCAUUUUCUAGACUAUUUCCCACCUAUAGUUUGUUGAAUCUGCAGAUUUGGGAUCCAUGAGUGGGCAGGGCUCAAUGUAUUUCCCCUUUGACCUUCCCUCCAGGAUUUUCCAGUUCCCACCAAAGAUCUUCCUUUCAGACAGAAGCUGUGCCCCACAACCUCCCCUCUACUCUGAACCAAGGAGCCCUCCAUUCUUCCAUUCCCCAGCUGUAUCCUAUGCUCUUGAACGUCACUUAAACUUUCCUGGCUCCCUUUGUCCAGCACCUUGUCUGUGAAACUUGUUCUGAUGAGAGAAGGGAGUGAGCAGGUGGAGUGGGAGGAGGGGAUUGGGAGAGGGGGUGGAUGUGGGGAGAGGGGAGUAGAUGACCCUGUGAAACUGUUGAUGGCACAGAGGUGUUUGGGAUACACUCUCUGCCUAUGCAGGCCUGCCCUUUUCCAACCCACUUGAUUCAGUUCUGGUUGAGGGAGGGAGACUAGAAUUCAGAGUCAGGUACACCUAGCCUGCAUCCUGCACCCUUCCUAGGGCUCUAUAACCAUGGGCAUGUCAGUAGACCCUCUGAGCUGUAGGCUUCAUCCCUGUUGUCUGAGUUAGGGUUUCCAUUGCUCUGAUGACACACCAUGGCCACAAGCAACUUGGGGAGGAAAGGGUUUAUUCACUCACAGUUUCCAUAUAACAGUUCAUCAUCAAAAGCAAUGAGGGCAGGACUCAAACAAGGCAGCAACCUGAAGGCAGGAGCUGAUACAGAGACCAUGAAAGGGUUGCUACUUACUGGCUUGCUCCCCAUAGCUUGCUCAGCCUUCUUUCUUAUAGAACUCAGAAUCACUAGCCCAGGGUUGUACCACCUACACUGGGCUGGGCUCUGCUCCAUCAAUCACUAGUUAAGAAAAUACACUCUGGUCAGGCAUGUUGGCACAUGUCUUUAAUCGGAGCUCAUAGGAGACAGCAGACUCUCUGUGAGUUCAAGGCUAACCUGGUCUAAAAAGUGAGUUCUAGAACAGCCAGGCUGUUACAUAGAGGAACCCUGUUUCAAUAAACAAAACAAAAGGGAGGAAAGGAGGGAGAGAGGGAGGGAUGUAGAAAGACAGGGAGAGAGAGAGAGACAAACAGAGAGAGAGAGAGAGAGAGAGAGAGAGAGAGAAGAGGAGACUGGACAUUGUCCAUUUUCCAGAGGGUUCCAGACUUUAACCAGAGCACUGGCUAAUCCUAAGUCUCCCACUUCCAUUCCUCAGGCAAAAUGUCCCUGGAAGAAUUCAACAAAGGUGCCAAGAGCGACCAUCCAUUGUCUGGUUGCUGCAGUGUGAUCCCAGCAGUGCUAGCCAGUUCUGAGGGAAAUGGGCUUUACACAGUUGUGAGAAACACAGGCUUGACUUGCCAUCUUCAGCUUUGCUUGCAAAAGUGGUUUUCUCUGUGAUUUCUCCUGCUCUCUUGGGACCUGGGCCCAGGCAGCACAUCACACUCACCUGGUCUGGCUGGAUGCAGCUCCCUCCUCUGUCUGACCCAAUAGAUGUCCCUCCCCAUCCAGUCCAGGCUGGUUCCUUCCAAGGUUUCAAGUGUUCUCAGCUGUAGGGCUCCUUCCCUGCCCACAGAGGGCCUGGAGACCCUUAAGGACACCAGACUGGACUUUUCAGUAUCUUACCGAGACCAGCUGAUUUAUUCUAUGAUCCCAGCUGACUUUGUGAGGAUGAAGAAGAUGGAAAGCAGACAGGCAAGCCCUUCCUGUGCAUGGCUCCACCUCCCUUGUUUAUUUUCUCUGACCAAAGCUGCUUGCAUGUAUAAACCGUGGUAUCCUUACUUUUAAUAUAUAAGUUUUGUAUAAAGUGAGAAGGUUCAGCCCCUGUAUUUAAAGCCUCUGACUGCCUUUAAAGCAUGGUCCCCUGUGGCCUGUGAUUCUCCCCACCCCCCAAGUCUGGCUGUGCUGUGGUAUUUAUGUAUUCAUUUGCCUAAUUACACAGGAGAUACAUGCAUGCCCAAGGCUGUGGACAUCUGCCCUACAUCCUGCAAACAUAGGUGUGCCUGUGUGCUCCAUCCUUCCUGUCCAUUGACCUGGCAUAUUAAAAUAAUCAAAUAAACCAAGGUCUGUGAGUUU